UAUCUACAUAGUCGUAGACUAUCAGCGUGAUCGUGUUAGUGAACUUUAAGAAAAAAUCCCAUCCCGAGAUAAACGCGUCUCUCAUCACCCGUCUUGAUGUUCGGAACUCCGAAGGAAAAUUCUGAUGGUUCAUGAGCACAUAUGCUCUUCGCGAACUAAAUGAUGGCUAUCUUCGACUAGCUAGGCCCAAUUCUCUAAAUUACACUGUCGUUGAAGCCAGCAUCCUGGGUGAUGACUCGGAAGCAUGUAUAUGCGUACAAGAUUCACGCGCUCUCGGCUAAGUAUCCUAUUAAUUACUAAGCGCGCUUCUUUCUUCCACUCUCAUUCUCUAGUUGAGAACUUACUAUGAGCCCUAAGCCUGAUCAAUCCGGGAUGGUCGAAGUACUGUCGCAAGCUCUGAAAGAAUCUCAGGGUCGUGCGACUAGACUGGAAAUAGAACUUCAAAGUGCUGUCGCUAUCUCCGAAGACCUCAAAAAACAGAACUUGCGUCUGUCGCAAGAUGUGAUGAAGCUUUCAGGCCCUAAGCACGAACCGGUCGAGGAUAGUAAAGUGCCAGUCAUCUCGGACGAGAUUUCUAGACUGGAAGAAAAGAAUGCCGAGCUAAGGACAACAAUCUCAACCCUCAAUACGAAAGUUGAAGAGUUUCAGGAAGGUUUAGAAGCAGCGAAUAAGCGUAAGGUCAAGCUAGAGGUAUCAUUGACCAAGGCUCAAGAGGAACUCAAAGGAAGAAAGGAGCACAUCACAGAGUUCACUUCAAAAUAUUCUCAAUCAAAACAAAAGAAAAAGGAACUACAGGGAGAAUUGAAAGCAGCCAGUGAACGCGUGGACGAGCUCGAAGACUCGUUAAUUCAGCUUCAUGAGAAGUAUGCCAAGUUAAAACACGAAAACAAGGAAAUGCAACAGGCAAGCUCAAUUUUAUCAUAA